CGAGAGGGGGCGCGGCUUGGGUGGGCGGGCCUCCCGGCUGUCACCGCGAUGAGGAGGCGACGCCGCCGCCGCCGCCGCCGGGCCGCUCCGCGGUGCGCCCCUCGGGGGGUGUGAGGAGAGGCCGGGCCCUCCCGCAACUCCCGACCCCCUGGACGGUGCCAACAUGGAGUGCUAGCAGCGGCUGAGAAGUGGGCGCUGCGUUCCACAAUGCCUGUGCAGGCCGCCCAGUGGACGGAGUUCCUGUCCUGUCCCAUCUGCUACAAUGAGUUUGACGAGAACGUGCACAAGCCCAUCAGCCUGGGCUGCUCCCACACCGUCUGCAAGGCCUGCCUGAGUAAGCUGCAUCGCAAGGCCUGCCCUUUCGACCAGACCGCCAUCCACACCGACAUCGACGUGCUUCCCGUCAACUUUGCGCUGCUCCAGUUAGUGGGAGCCCAGGUGCCUGAACGCCAGGCUGUCAAGCUAAGCAACCUGGGAGAAAACCAACACUACGAACUGGCAAAGAAAUGUGUGGAAGACCUCGCCCUUUAUUUGAAGCCCCUGAGCGGAAGUAAGGGUGUGGCUAGCUUAAAUCAAAGCACGCUGAGCCGGCCGAUGCAACGGAAGCUGGUGACCCUGGUGAACUGCCAGCUGGUGGAAGAAGAAGGCCGCAUCAGGGCGAUGCGGGCAGCUCGCUCCCUCGGGGAGAGGACCGUCACCGAGCUGAUCUUGCAACACCAGAACCCUCAGCAGCUCUCGGCCAAUCUCUGGGCUGCUGUCCGGGCCAGGGGGUGCCAGUUCCUCGGGCCGGCUAUGCAGGAGGAAGCCUUGAAACUGGUCCUGCUGGCCUUGGAAGACGGCUCGGCCCUGUCCCGCAAAGUCCUGGUGCUGUUUGUGGUCCAGCGCCUGGAGCCCAGGUUCCCUCAGGCAUCGAAAACCAGCAUCGGCCACGUGGUGCAGCUGCUCUACCGGGCGUCCUGCUUCAAGGUCACCAAGCGGGACGAGGACUCUUCCCUGAUGCAGCUGAAGGAGGAGUUCCGCAGCUACGAGGCCUUGCGGAGGGAGCACGACGCUCAGAUCGUCCACAUCGCCCUGGAAGCCGGUCUCCGGAUCUCUCCCGAGCAGUGGUCCUCCCUCCUGUACGGGGACCUGGCCCACAAAUCCCACAUGCAGUCCAUCAUCGACAAGCUCCAGUCUCCGGAAUCCUUUGCCAAAAGCGUGCAGGAAUUAACCAUUGUUCUGCAGCGAACGGGGGACCCCGCCAACCUGAAUCGGCUUCGUCUCCAUUUGGAAUUCUUGGCGAACAUAGAUCCUAACCCAGAUGCGGCGUCUCCAACUUGGGAGCAGCUGGAAAAUGCCCUGGUGGCCGUUAAGACAGUUGUCCAUGGCCUUGUUGACUUCAUCCAGAACUACAGUAGGAAAGGCCCUGAAAUUCCACAGCCUCAGCCAAAUAGCAAGUACAAAACCAGCCUGUGCCGUGACCUUAGACAACAGGGCGGGUGUCCGCGCGGGACCAACUGCACCUUUGCCCACUCGCAGGAGGAGCUCGAGAAGUAUCGGCUGAGAAACAAGAAAAUCGGUGCCACGGUGAGACCCUUCCUGCUGCUUGGGAAAGCCAGCAUCCCAAGCGCCGUUCCCAUCAUCGGAAACGCAGACCCGGCGGGAAAGGCGGCGUCCAGCACCAACGGGAGUCCCAGCCCGGAGAGCGGUGCCCCCCAGCUGAUCCCCCGUUGUACCAACACCCCUUUGUUACGGACUCUGGAGCACGUGAAGAAAGGGGGGAAGGCCGUGGCAAACGGCCAGAACCCCACUUUGUCUCCCACCGAGCCUCUGCCCGAACACAAAACCGGAUCCCCUCCGAAAACGCCUGUGAACCAGACCGCAGCUACCUCAGCAGGCCCCGUCCCUCCUCCUCCCCCUCCUCUUCCUCCCUCUCCAGCCCUUGCAGGCAGCGAGAUAAGCCCCCUCGCCCCCAAACCCAGCCCUUUUGCCACCCGCCUGCCCAUCUACCCGGCUCACUCAGAGACCCUGCCCUAUUUCCAGGAUCCUCGGGCUCAUCUCUCCUAUGAAGCUCCGCCUUAUCCGCAAACAGGAUAUUAUCCAGGCCCUGCGGCGGUCCCUACAGGGGUGCCCCCCUGCCUCCCUCGCUUUGUGAGAUCCAGCAGCAUCUCCGAAUCCUCUCUCCCGCCGGCCUCUCUACAGUACAAUGAACCUUACGGCACGUUUCCUUCUCGGGACAGACUUACCGCCGCUUACCAACAGGCACAACCGCAGCCCUACGGGCCGGUGCCACCGGUUCCUUCCGGGAUGUACGCCCCGGUUUAUGACAGCCGGCGUAUUUGGCGACCACCGAUGUACCAGAGGGACGAUAUCAUCCGGAGCAACUCCUUACCUCCCAUGGAAGUCACCCACCCCUCCGUCUAUCACAAUUUGGUGCGGGAAAGAUAUGGCUCUUUGGACAGCUACUGUUCGGUGCCCUGCCAGGUGCCAGUGGAGCAGAGGACUGUGCCUUGGGCAAGGGAACCUUGUGGACAUCUGAAGCCUGCCUACGAGGACCCUCUCCGAAAGAAACCGGAACAGUGGGCGCCUUGCCACAUCCCGAAAGUGCCCCUGGUGACGACGUCCUCUCUCCCUGCAGCUGCACCGUCUCCAUCCUCCCCUUCCCCUUUCUUCAGCGUGGACUUCAGUUGUGAAUUCAGCAAGAACGCCAGCGGCUCGAGCGACCCCAGGUACGAAGACGGCCAGCCGUGCCAGUACUCGCCCUGGUCCUGCAGCACCCUCAGCUCCUGCAUCAGCGCGGUGGAGGCCGAGCCGAAGGACGUCCUGGCUAAAUCCAGCACGGUCCUCCUAGAUCUGGACAGCGGAGACCCCAAGAGGCCGGCCCACCUCUUUGAAACCCAGAGGAAGGCGAAGGAGGAGGACCCCAUCAUCCCUUUCAGCGACGGGCCGAUCAUUUCCAAGUGGGGCGCCAUCUCCAGGUCAUCACGGACAGGCUACCACACCACGGACCCUGUCCAGGCGACUGCUUCCCAAGGAAGCACUACCAAGCCCAUCAGCAUGUCAGAUUACAUCCCCAGCAUCAGCUCCGUGGACUUGAGGUGGAGCUGCUACGCGCCCGAGUCCAUUUCCUCGGCCCCUUUCCUAGAACGGGACCAGUUCGUGUCUCCCGGAGAACCGGCUCCCCCAAAGCCCUCCAGCACCGGAGAUCUCCUGAGCACCGAAUUGCAGCAGGCCAAGAGUAACUCGGUGCUGCUCCAGAGAGAGGCCAACGCCCUGGCCACGCAGCAGAAGUGGGACGCCCUGAGCGAAGGCAGCGCCCUCACCUUGAAGCUCUUGAGCAAGGAAACGGAGCUGAGGAACGGCCAGGCCGACUCCCCCGAGGACAGCACGGGCACCAAGGCCAACCGAGACAUUGAACUGGAACUUUCAUCGCUGGACACUGAUGAGGCCGAGGGGCCGGUAGAGCAAAUGAAAGAGAUGCUGGGCCUGCAGCUCGGCAUCAGCGGUCAGAGCGCUAACCUCUUCAACGGGUCAGCUCUGGAGAACGGUCACCUUGCGGAGCAGUCCCAGGUGGACGCCAGGCAGGCGAAGCGGCCUGUCCUGCACGAAGAGCUUGCUCAUUUGGAGAAGCAGACGGGGGUCUUGCCAGCGGCGUCCUGUUUCAGCCCACCCACGGAGACGGCAGGCAGCAGGAUCUCUCUGCCCCUCAUGACGUCCGCCAGCAUGGGCAGCCUUCUUCUGAAAACAGCCCAUGGCCUCGUGGACGGGCCAAAUGACUUUUUAAGGCCGAUUGCAAACGGCAAAAUGGUGAACACGUGAUAGGCACUUGGCUUUCAGGCUUGUGGUCAUGCUAAGAAGUGGUUUUGGUUUCUCUCCCUCUCUCUCUCUCUCUCUCUCUCUCUCUCUUAUUUUUUUUUUUUUUUGAAAGAAAAUCCUACCAGGGUCAUUUGUUUCCCGUGGACUUUUUAAAUACAUCGGACUCUUCUUGUGUCUUAGCUUUCGGGAUAAGUGACGGCCCCUUUGCUAGGGAUUCAGACGUUCACUUUUCACACCCCAACCGUGUGGGAUCUGGAUGUGUUUUCCCUUUGAAGGGGCCUUUCGGCGAGGCCGUAGACGCCCCCCUGAGUCAUUCCUGUUAACUCUCACCUUUUGUAGGGAAGCAUCCAAAACUAAAGCCAGUCAUUUCAGUCCAAUUCAGUUGUUUGGCUUGUUUCGAGAAUUUGCACUUUGUUUCUUCCACGCUGGAGCUUUGCGUGGACAAGCGUGGGCGAGAAAAGAAAGGGCAUGAGGAUGACCCCCACGCAAGACUCUUUCUUCAGGUCAUUUAGCUUGGCAACUCGGUGCCUCUGUACAGAGCAGUGGGUCACCUCUUCCCAUCCUAUCUCUUUGGCAGCUUGGUCUUCCUGGGCAUCCAGUGACUUUUCUGUAUACAAAUUAUCGGCAGCCACGUCCAGCCCAAGUGCCUGGGUUUCCCCACUUAACGUACUUGGUUCUUUCUUGCUUAAAGGGGAAAGCAGAAUCGCUGCUUUUUGUUGACAGUACGGGCGUGGUGAAGAGCGCUCAACCCCCCAGCCCCUUGGAAGGCUCCCCCUUUUGGCAUUUAAGGCCUCCCCAAUUAUUCUCUCCAAAAUGAGCCACCUAAAACUCGUGUGGGCACCGAAGACUUGACACGGUAUUCCCCCACCUCUUUGUCAAAACCACAGAAGAUUAGCAGUCCUUUAGAUGCUCCCAAUGUUGAGUUGGCCUUCGUGUUGCUGAGAAUGCCAGUAUUUAGAUUUGUUAGUGAUUUAACUCCGGUGAUCAUCUUGAACGCUUUAUGAUGUAGCUUGAGCUGGGCUUGUACAGAACAGGGGGGUGGGGGGGAAGAAGUCCUCUUUAAGAUGUGAUUUAUUUUUAUUUAUUUUUUGAAGAUCUUAGAAGUCUAAAAUUGGAACGUUCUCCCCUGUGACCUCUUAGCUGUGCUCUUUUCCCGCUUUAAAAUCUACUUCUGCGGAGCAAGGGGACAUCAUGCUAUCAGGCAAGAACAUUCUCCCUUAUUCGUCCUCCUCUGCAGCUUCUUUUUUUAUAAUUUUUAUAAUUUUUACAUUUUUCUUUCUUUUUCUGUUUUUGUUUUAAGAAAAUGUUUGUUAAUUAACUUCUGUGAAGUUGUUUACUCUGGAAAUAGUACUGGAAUAUUUUAGCCAAGCAGCCCUUUCACUAUAUAUAUAUUGCUAUACAUAUACAUAUGUAUAUGUAUGUUUUCUGAGGUUUUCGCGGGUGCUUGUAUGUAGGUCUUUGGUUAUUCGGGUUUUCUCCCGCGUAAAAUUGGAAAUGUCUUG